AUGCAUGGUGGCCCCAAUCUGCUGCUAUCAACGAUCCGCCAAAGGUUUUGGCCUCUUAGGGGACGAGAGCUGGCCCGCUCAAUCGUACACCGCUGUGUUACUUGCGUCCGUGCUCGCCCUCGAUCAAUGGAACAGUUAAUGGGCGAUCUGCCUCCAGUACGAGUUAACAAAGCCUUUCCUUUCGAGAAUGUAGGCGUCGACUUCGCAGGACCUGUUUUCCUGAAACCACCGAGUAGGAAGGCAGCCCCCUUAAAGGCGUACGUAGCGGUAUAUGUAUGCCUUGCUGUGAAAGCAGUCCAUUUAGACCUCGUUCCAGACAUGACGACAAAUGGAUUCAUAGCCAGUUUGCAUCGUUUCACUGGUAGGCGUGGAAAGCCUAGCAUCAUAUACUGUGACAACGGUCGCAAUUUCGUUGGUGCUCAUAGAGAACUGAACGAGUUACGUAAUCUGUUCCUGACACAACGCCAUAAGGAUGCCGUUGCUAACGAAACCACCUCGAACGGUAUUCUCUUCCGUUUCAUCGCGCCGCGCUCUCCAUCGUUGGGUGGAAUAUGGGAAGCAGCAGUUAAAUCCAUGAAACUUCAUCUCUGUCGUAUCAUGGGAAAUGCCAUGCUAACUGAAACUGAAUUCACAACUGCGCUUAUUCAAGUGGAAUCUAUUCUUAACUCUCGUCUAAUCACUCCCAUGUCAGAGGACCCACAGGAUUUACAACCGCUGACGCCAGGACAUUUCCUGGUCGGUAAGCCACUAAAUGCUAUACCCGAACCAGACCUCAGUGAGAUUACCGAAAGUCGUCUUUCUCGCUGGCAACGUGUCCAAAGUCUCAUUCAGCACUUUUGGCAACGCUGGCACCACGAAUAUCUCAACACGCUGCAAAAUCGGUAUCGAUGGACAGAAAAAACAUCCAAUUUGGUGCAGAAUGCUAUUGUUCUACUACGAGAGGAGAACCUUCCCCCACAGAAAUGGGCAAUCGGCAGAGUCGUUGACGUUCAACCCGGCGUUGACGGACUAGUUCGGUUGGUAUCAGUGAGGACCAGUAGCGGAAUCACACAGAGAGCAGUAAACAAAUUGUGUCUACUACCAGUUGAAGUAGAUUCCAGUCUUUUAAUCCAGUAA